AUGGCGUCAAGUCAUCCUAUCCAUGUUCAUCCCGCACGACCUCUGUAUCGCUUCACGGCUACGGCGUUGGGAGCUAGCAUGUGGUUUUUCUUAAUGUACAGAGCCAAGAAAGAUGGACCCGCCCUUUUAGGAUGGAAGCACCCUUGGGAUCAUUGAGAGCGCAAUGGUCGACUGUAUCAAACACUUCGCUGAGAGACAAUACAAACAUGAACCAAAGGGACAUGUCUUGAGAUAUACAGUCGAAGAGAUAAAUGGACCAGACAAGCGGGCUUGUGGCCUCGUCAAAUCUUAACUCUAGACUCGAGACAAGUUACAGGGUUAUGGAAGUUGCAAUAACUCUUUCUAUUCAUCAAUAUGGACCAUUGUCCAGAGAAAGCGAUCUAAUUUUGCAUUUCCUCGAGUAGCAUCUUAUAUCGACGGCGUUUCUUCG